AACUGAACUUAGGAUCUCCUUAUUUGAUUCUUGGAUGUUUUUGAAAUCUCCAGGUUUCAGGAUCUGUCAGCUUUUCCAGGAGGUCCAGCUGCUUUCAGUGUGUAAAGAAGAGGUUUCCCUUGUUCACAUGGAGAUGAACUCCAGUCUAAGCCAGGAUGUUAUCAAGCCUCUCCACAUCAAAGUGGAACCAGAGGAAAUAUGGAGCAGUCAGGAGGGAGAGCAGCUUCCCGGGCCAGAGAAUGCUAAUAAAAUCAAGUUCACUUUUGUCCCUGUUCCUGUGAAGAGUGAAGAAGAUGAGAAACCUCAGUCCACACAUCUUUAUCAGAGACAGCCUGAACUUGUGGAAACAGGAGAGUACUGUAGUGAACCUGGAGUAUCCAGGAGCCCUGAUUCAGAGAAAUAUUUACAAUUAGAGACUGAGAUCAUGAGUGAGGACUUCUCUGGGACUGAGACUGAUGACAGUAAUGACUGGAGUGAGAAAACAGAACACCAGGCAGGUUCAAAUUCAGUGGUGAAACACCCAAAUAAGAGUAGAAAAAGAGAUGAGAAACCACACUGCUGCUCUGUGUGUGGUAAAAGAUUUAAUCAUAAAGGUCAUCUUAGAGAUCACAUGAGAAUUCACACUGGAGAGAAACCCUACAGCUGCUCUGAAUGUGGUCAAGGAUUUAAACUCAAUGUAAAUCUAAAAAGACAUAUGGGAAUUCACACAGGAACAAAGCCCUUCAGCUGUCCUGAGUGUGGUAAAGGAUUUAACCAAAAACAACAUGUUAUUAAUCAUAUGGUAAUUCACACUGGAGAGAAACCCUUCAGCUGUUCAGAGUGUGGUAAGAGUUUUUCCUGGCAAUCAAUUUUGGCAAAGCAUGUGAAAAUUCAUGUCAAGGAAAAAGCUAUUGGACAGUCUGAGUGUGAAGAAAGAUUGAACCAGGACAAGCACAUGUUGGUUAAUACUGUACAGAAGCUCUUUAGAUGCUCUGAGUGUGGUCAAAGUUUUCACCGUAAAGGUAAUCUGACCACACACACGAGAACUCAUUCAGGAGAGAAACCAUUUCGAUGCUCUGAGUGUGGUAAAACAUUUAGCCACAGAAGUAAUCUGGUCACACACAGGAGAACGCAUUCAGGAGAGAAACCCUUCAGCUGUUCUGAGUGUGGUAAAAAAUUUAGCCAACAACAUCACGUUACAUAUCAUAUGAGGCAUCACACAGGAGAUAAACCCUUCAGCUGCUUUGAAUGUGGAAAAAGUUUUACCCUCAAUGGAAAUCUGACCAGACACAUGUUUUGUUCACAUGCAAGUGAAACUCAUCAGCUCAACUAAGUACAGGAAAAGAUUUUGCCCUGAUAAUCGAGUGAUAAAAACACACAACGUAGAGAAACCCGCCAGUUGCUUUGAGUGUGAAAAAAUAUUUAUUGUUAAAAGCACUUUAUCCAAACACAGGAGAACUCAUACAGGAGUAAAACCCUUUGACUGCUCUGAGUGUGGUCAAGGAUUUACUCUGCAUAAAAAUGGGGUCUGCCACAAGACAGAAACUCCCCA